UAGAAUCUUUGGCAUCUCUGGAAUCUCUCUAUAUCUAGAUCCAAUGGAAUCUCUAGAAGCUUUAGAGAGUCUGUAAACUUAAGAAUAAUUUUCAGAAUCUUUCGAAUUUUUAGGGUAUCCUAGAGACCCUAAAAAUUCGAAUGAUUCUUCUCUAGUCAAAGAAAAGAAAGAACGGGAGAUGGAAACGCAAAAAGUGCUCAAAGAAAUCAGAGACAAAAGAAAGACGAGAUUGAACGCCCGAAGAGAACGAUCGAUGUCUAGAGAAAAAGAAAGAUCCGUGUCGAGAGAAAAAAGCAUCGAGAAGAUCGAAGAAGAGAAAAAAGAUCCGACCAAACUCACACCAAGCAGCGAAACAACUGAUUCUUUGCUCAACAACGUCUCAAACAACAUCAAAAAUAUCGAAAACAACGUCAAAACCUUGCACGACUACAUCAACGUGACGGCGCAAACCGACAACAAAGAAGCGGAAGAAAGCAAGAAGGUGAUCCACGAUUACGUCAACGUGGUCAAGAAACCUGAAGAUGCUCCGGUCGUGAAGAAAACACGAAUCUCGAAACUAUUGCGUCCCAAGAGCUACCCGACCGAAAACACAGACAAAGAAAAAACGAUCAAAGUAUCUCCUGAGAAAGAAUCAAAGAUAAGUCGACUGCGCAAAGGUUUUACGCGUCAAGGCUCUAAAGAGCGCGACAAAACGAAAGAAGACAAAAACGAAACCAACAAAACCAUCAACGAAGAAGAAAAAGGCCACAAGAACAAGCUGUUGCAAUCUAUCGAAAAAAAAUUAGAGAAGUUUCGCUCUUCGUCAUCUUCCGUGAAAGACUCGGAUGAUUCGAAGUCCAAAGAGAAGAAGUCGGGCGUGGAAAGUACCAUCAAGCGCUUGCGCGAGCAAAGUUUACCCAGGAACAUGGCACCCUGCACCGAGUCGGGUUUAAUCAAGCGAGCCGUUUCCGUCGAAGACGUUUCGAACUUAACCUCGAACAAACCUCUCCAAGCGUCGAGGAAAAGCGUCACCAAAAUCUUGAGUCUGUUCAAAAAAUACGAAGAACAAGACAAAAAGGGCGACAAAGUCGUCAAGAAAAAAAAGAAGAGUGCUGAUGAAGCUGUGAUCCAAAACAAAAGUACUGAAAAUAGCGUCAAUUCUAGUCAGGACGAGGCGAAAAAGAAGCCGGAACGUCCUCGUUCGUUGUUACUCGAUAAGAUGAAACAAUUUCAAAGUGGUGCUAGUGUAGUGAGCGACAAAGAAACUAAAGGGAGCAAAGCGUCGAAACUGCCGGUGAAUUCGUUCAGACGUAGCUUGAAUCUAGACGUCGAAGUCCCGAAACCUGUUAAACCCCCGGAAUUAAAAUUGGAUUUGAGUAAGCCGAGUCAGCCAGUCCCCGACGACAACCGCAACUCGAUGACGACCGACGACAGUUCGGCGUUGUUGUCGCCCGACGAGAACGCCAGCGGCGACUCGUGGUCGGUGUGCUCGGACUACCACACCCAGGAGUUGCACUCGCCGGUGUCGCCGAACGGGUUCUCGUGCGACGUGGGCGACGAGAACGAGUCGGUCAUCGACCGGAUCAGGAGGAAGAGCUUCUACACGAGGUUCAACGAGAAGAAGCGGCCUCGGAAGCCGAGUUUGACCCGAAACUACAAAGAUUUGGAUCUUUACAAAGACCCGACUUACUCUAAGAAUCCGUCUGAGUACGACCGCUACAAGACCCCUCUGACGCGUCGGUCGACGUUUUCGUCGCAGGAUCCGGUCAAGAGGGACUACAAGAACUACACUCGCAGUUCGUCGCUCUUGAACGACUACGUCAACGUGCCCCGCUAUCAGACCUACAACGCUAAAGUGAGUCGGCCCACCACUUCGAUUUAUUCGGAUUCUGAAGAUACUACUUUGGAUGAGUUGUUGACGGCUGCGAAAUCCAGAAAAUACAGUUCCCCCAUUCAACCAUCCACUUUAAGCCGAGGCUCAGUUUCUCCCGUUAACGAACAGUUUUACUUUCGACCUGCGUCUUCCGUUGCUUCCCCUACUUCAUCAGAACCGGUUUAAAUUUGAUUCCUUCUAUUUUUGUAACGUACGACACGCGGAUGCUACCAGAAGCGACGAGUUGCUUUUGGCAGCAUUCUUAUAUAGGUUUAAAUCUUAAUUAAAUCUCAUGUGAUCACUAGUAUACAAGUCAGACCUGAAACGUUGUUCAUGUAGAGUUGUUGCAUUAGUUAGUAGACUCAUAUCAAGUUUUUCUUCUGUUAAAUUAAGGUUUCAAGACAAAUCUAACAAAGUAUUCUUCAGUCUUAUUUAUUUACAUAGACUAAAGUGUAGAUAAAUAAUGUAUUAUUAAUAUGUAAAUGUUGUUUGCUUUUUUUAUUUAUUAUAGGAAUCCUAGUUUGUUUAGAGUUUUCUAGUGGUUAUUUUCUAUCAUAAUAUUUAUUUAUUUAUUAAAGGAUGAUAUUAUUUAACAAAAAUUGGAUUGAAAGUGUUAUAAAAGUACUGUUUACUACUAAAAGUAGCAAUUGUUCAAGUUUAAAUGAUUUUAAUUAUCAGUUGACUCUCAGUCUGCCACAUUAAGUCAAGACAAUGUGUAGCGUUAUAAUUUUAGGUUGAGUUUGUGUGAAUUGUUAGAAUUGUAUGUUGAAUUUGGUGAUUUUAUAAAAAAUAUACAACAAGUGAAACUUU